AAACGCAGUUAACAUUAUCAACUGGUCGGAUGAUGUCGUUCGUCUCCGAAUCGCACUGUUUAUUAAAACUGGUUUCCGAACGAAUGAAACAGAAGUGAUCAUUGAAUCAUUUUAAAAAAUUGUGGUGGAUUUAAAAACAAAGUUUCUAAAAUAAUAUAACAAUGAAAUGUGAAAUACCGGAAUUAGGACGAUGUUGCUUUUGUUUUCCCUUAAGGCUUGGACUUCUCGUUUGGGGCUAUGGGAAGCUAAUAGCGAGUGUAGUCCUGGUGACUUUGAUGCUGUUUAAUCUAAUCAACGAUUGGCAUCGCUUUUGGGGAACAGUCGACGUAGUCUUCGCGAUUGUUUACUUAACGUUCAUAGGAUCAGUAGCAGCGGAUGUCAUAUUUCUCGUAUUAUUUGCUGUCAGUGCACACAAGAAAAACUACAAGAUAAUGGGCGUGUUUUCUAAGUUCUGUUUGUACAUGUUGGCGCUGUACGUUCUAGGCUUCGUACUUUCCGUUGUAUACGGGACGUAUGAGAGUCAUUUUCUCUCGUUUUACAUUGGAUUUACACUCGCGACGAUAUGCUUCUCCUGCAUCGUUAUUCAAAUGUAUAUUGUGAUCCUUGUAAGAAGUGAAGUGUUGAAACUGCAAAGAGGUACGAAUUUCGAAUUUGUAAAUCACGGCGCAGACGCAAUCAUCAACGUGAAGAUGGAUAUGAACGCUGCCUAAUAAUAAUAUAAUUAUUAAUGUUAAUUUUUAUACAAAAUGACAUUUAACACAAUUCACUACAGAUUUAUGUAGCAGUAUGCUGAACGGCGCACACAGACAUAGUUAAUUCUUGGUCAACUGAUCUUUUACAAAUGAUAAUUUUAGGUUUUAAAGACAAUUCAAGUGACAAACUUCUUAUUCGACAACAUUUUAACAAUAACAAUUUCGCACAAUACCGAUUGUAAAAUGCAAUUCACAGUUUUUUAAAACAUGUUUAUUAAAUCAAAGAUGUAUCUGUCGAAUGCAAAUAAAAAUAUAUUAGAUAAAGUUGAAAAUAUAAAUGAUAGUUUUGCAGAAAUCUUGUGUGAAGAUAUGUCACUUGGUAAAACCUCUUUAUACGAUGUAAAGAUUAAGACUUAACUCAGCAGACUUACCAAGCUAGUCUCGUAAUGUAGUAUUUAUAAUUUUAAGUAUAAUCGUUAGUUAAGUAUAAUAAUUAAGGUAAUAUAUAGACAAAUAAAAAAAUAAACAGUGGUCUAACUGAUUAAUUAAAAUAUAUUAUUUCAUGAUUGAAUUAUGUUUUUAAGACAUUAUAUUAUUUUGUUUUUUUUUUUCUUUUAUAAUCACGAAUUUAAAAAAAAAAACAUGUCAUUUUUAAAAUAAGUUAUCCAGCCAUUUUCCGAAUACCAAAUGUAAAAUAAUACUUUAAAUAUAGCGAUAUAAUUGAUAAAUUCCUUAAAGCAGUUAAAUCAAAAUAAAAUAAAAUAAAAAAUGUAUCAACUCAAUAAACAAUUUAACACGACGAUUAAAAAGUGCUUUUAUGAGUUUACUUCAAAAAUAAGGAUAACUUGGUUUAUAUUUAUAAAAUGAAACAUAUUUACAUGUGCUUUUGGGAUUUCCGUUUUAAUCCUUUUAGAUGGGCGUCAUCAUUUGAACGUAGAUUACACCAUUGAUAUUGUAAUAAAAAAUAAAUAGUUAUAUUAUAUAGUAAAUUUAUUUUGUAACAACCGUUUUUACAGUAGAUAAAUAAUUUUGC